AUGUCGAACGCGAUAGAGGAUCCCCGGGUCAGGGCGGCCAUUGAGCACUACCUGUUAGAUCUGGAGAACACCCAGCCGAAGAAUACGAAGCGAAAUUAUCGUCCCAAGCAGGAAGAAUGGAAGGAGUGGUGUCAAGCCAACUGGCCUGCGAUCCCGGACGUUUGGCCGGCCUCGGUACCACAGGGCCAACAGCUACCGGGAGACCUGGUCGAUGAAGGAAAGCUCUUGCUCUUCAUGAAGGAGAUACCCGACCACACCAACGUGGCAUGGUCCGAGAGGAGAGAUCGCCUGCGCCCUGAGGACGCAGGUGGACUUUCUGCUCGGGAACCACAUGCUGCUGCGGUCCGGCAACCGCCUGCCGAUGGAGUUGGCAGACUGCUUUCCCUGGACUUACCCAACGAGGGCUUCAAGGCCCAGGGUAGAAAAGGCGGAAAGGUUUCCGUCUUCCAAAGAAGCGACUGGUAUGAAACGAAGGUGCUCCGCCGAUCGGCGAAGGAGCCUCAAGCUCCGUUGUCGGGCCAGACUGCCCGAGAAUGGACGUCCAGGUUCUACAAGAAGGCCGGCAUCAAGGUCUCCAAGGUCAGCCACGCGCCUAGAGUGGCCGCGACGCAAAACGCCGACAUGGCCGGAGUGGAUGAAGGCCAGAUCCGCCGAGCCGGUCGUUGGAAUAACGGAGACCAAAUGACCGGCUGCUAUCUGACUUCCUGCCUUUCGAAUUCAUGA